AGAGGAUAGCAAUUUUUUUCUUUUCAGAAGCAGAAAAAUGGCUUCUCUAACCCCAGGAAUCCUCCUGAAACUCCUCCAGUCCAUGAACUCCGCCACCCGCGUCACCGGCGACCACCGUUCUCCGCUUCUUCAAGUAAUCGGCAUCGUUCCAGCACUCUCCACCUCGGAUUCCCUCUGGCCCAACCACGGCUUCUACGUCCAGCUCUCCGAUUCCCAGAACUCCACUUACAUUUCACUCUCCGAAAAGGACACCGAUCUCAUUCUCGCUAAUAGGCUACAGCUUGGCCAGUUUGUCCACGUGGACCGCUUCGUCUUUGAAUCCCCUCCGGUUCCACGGGGAGUAAAUCUCCGACCGAUUGCGGGUCGCCAUGCUUUCAUCGGAUCCCCCGAACCCUUAAUUGCCCGGAUCUCGUCGUCUAAGAAUGGGUUUGUGAUCCAGCCCGCAUCGGAUUCCGACCACCCGGUGGCAGCUUACUUAUCAAAAAAUGGGAAUUUUGGGGAGGGCGAAGCGAAAUUGAAUGCUACGGAAAAGAAUGUUGAAGCUAAUGUUGAAAAGAGGAAGGCUGUGAGGCAAGUUUCCACUGCUCCCAAAGAGAAUGUGAAUGUGAACGUGGUGCUGGAUUCCGGAAAUGAGUUGAAAGGAUCAUCUGAUAAGGCCCCACAAAGGUUUUCGUCGCCGGCAUCGGCUAGGCAGAGGUCUAUUUCAGCUGGUAGAAAAACCGUGGUUGCCGAGAGGGAUCCAUCCCCAGCAGGGAAGGCGAAGCGUUCGGCGUCACCCGUGCCGUCAAAGUGUGCGGUGCCGAGCCUGGUAGCAGCGAAGGAGGAGAAUCGGAGGAGUUCAAGGGAGGCGGCGAUAAUCGUGCCCUCGAGGUACCGGCAGCCGUCGCCCACGGCUGGGAGGCGGCAGGCCAGUCCUGUGGUGGCGAGGCGGAUGUCUCUAUCCCCUGGUCGGCGGUUGUCCAGUGGGCUUAAGGUAUCUCCAGCUGUAGAAUCGUCUGGGAAGAAGAAGCUGGCUACUAUUGCUGCUGGGAUCUCUAAAGUUUCUGAAGCACUUGUGGCGACUACAAAACAUAGCCGAAAGAGCUGGGACGAAGGGCCAACUGCGGCUGGGGCUAAUACUGAGCAUAUUAAAGACAAGGUUGGGACAAAGAAUAAGCCUGAUUUUCAAGCAAUUUUGAGAACUCAGGCUGCUAUAUCAAGACGAUUAAGUGAUGUGAGCAUGCUAAGUCAUGAUGAUCUGUCACAUGAUGAAAGAACAAAAUCUGGUGCAGUUGAAAGUCCUUCCGCAAUUGAAAAGCAAAAUGGUGAAGCUCCAGUAAUCACGGUUCAUGACAAGAAAUGGACUGAUGGCAGCAUCCCACUCAAUGCUGUCUCCUCAGAACUGGGUAGGCUGGGCAAGGAGGCUAUGCAGAGAAGAGUUGUCGCUUCUGUAGCAGCAGCAGAAGCCUUAGAAGAGGCCAUCACCACCGAGUCUGUCGUGAGGAAUUUGAGCAAGUUUUCAGAUCUCUGUUUGUUGUCAAGGCCUGAGAAUCCUUUACCUACCAUCGACCGAUUCAUGUCAGUGUAUGAAGAUGUUAUGAAAGCAACAGCAGUUGCUGAAUCAGUUGCUAGUAAUCGUAGUACGGAAAAAUUCCUCGAAACUGUUCCAACAGAGCAUGCAAAGUCGAGUUCCCUUUGGGUAGAAGCUGCUUUGGCGACUGAUCUUGAAGUUGUUUCACUCCUGACCAGUCAAAACUUUGAGACACUGGAGAAAAGUUCAUCGAAGCAAGCACCUACUUCUAUGAAGAACAAGGCGCUAGCUUCUUCAUCAGUUAGUGGAACAUGGAUAAGGGGUCAUGGGAUGAAUGCAACUUUUGAUUUUGCCAAAAAGUUGCAAGCAGAGAUGCAAAUAUGGUUUGUAAAGUUUGUUGAAGAGUCCCUUGAUGCAGGUUUCAGGGUGUUUGAGAAGCGCUCUCCUGCAGGCAAUGAAAGAGGUGCAAACAACUGUGGCCCUAUUGCUGCAAUUCUUUCACAGCUGAAGCGAGUCAACAACUGGUUGGAUCAUGUAGUGUUGAAACGGGAUGAGCUGCUAGUCGAAAAAAUCGAGCGCUUGAAGCAAAAGAUUUAUGAUUUUGUUAUUCAGCAUGUGGGAACUACGAUAGAACACUGAAAGCCCUGGUAUCUCAUCUUGAUUUUCUCCAAGGUUUCCUCUGUCAAAUAGAGAUGGAUUUUUUUUUUGUAAUUUAAAAAAAAAACAUUUUCAUUCCAAGAAAAUGAAUUUAUUUGUUCAUCCUU